AUGUCAUCGAAAGAAGUCCAAAAAGCAUUUACGGCGAACACAUGCCUUACGCUUUCGAAUGGGCAAAAAAUACCACAAAUACAACUCGGUGUGUGGGAGUCUUAUGAUGAAGAGUGUUAUAAUGCUGUCAAGUGGGCUUUAGAGGCUGGUUAUCGAGGAAUCGACUCAGCAGAAUGGUACGAAAACGAAGCCAUCUGCGGCCGAGCCAUCAACGAAUACCUAACCGCAACUUCGACACCCCGAUCUUCCAUCUUCUUCACAACCAAACUCCGCAACAAUGUAUCCUACUCCGAAACCCGCUCCGCCAUAAAACGCAGCCUCAAAGAAUGCAAUCUAGGAUACAUAGACCUCUACCUCAUUCACGCCCCAUACGGUGGACCCAUGAUCCGCGAAGAAAUCUACCGCGCCGUAGUCGACGCCGUAAAAGAUGGUGAAGUAAAAGGAUGGGGGGUAAGUAACUACGGCAUAAGACAUCUUCAAGAGAUCCUUGAUAAGUUCCCAGAUUAUCCACCGCUGGUGAAUCAAAUCGAACUCAACCCGUUUAAUACACAAUCACAUAUUGUGGAGUUUUGUAGACAACAUAAUAUUGUGUUGCAGGCGUAUACGCCGCUUGCGAAGAGUGGGAGGUUUGAGAAUGAGGUUUUGAAGGAGGCUGCGGGACGAUAUGAGGGAAAGGGGAGCGCGGAGGUUAUGAUUAAGUGGGGGUUACAAGAGGGCUUUGUGAGUUUGCCAAAGAGUGUGACGAAGAGUAGGAUUGUGGGGAAUUUGAAGGGGAGUGAAGGAUGGGGGUUGGAGGAGGAGGAUAUGGCUAAGUUGGGAGGGUUGGAUGAACAUUUGGUUACUGAAUGGGAUCCGACAGAUUGCCCCUAA